AACAAGCGCUCCACGUUGGUAGUUGGGGAUCGCGAAAGCGGAAAAUGGUUCCGGGUUGAAUAUCUCUUUGUUUUAUUUGCCGUAAUUGGUUUCUUUUUGAACGAUAAGGCACUUAUGAGUUUUGAUGAGGAGGUUUCGAGCAGCGAGCUGUCUGAACUAGUGCAUUAUUUUUCAAAAUAUCCUUACAGAGCGCGGGAUGCCAACUCGAAGGUGAUAAUUUCCAAACACUUUUAUGAGAAUUCAGGAUUAAAUAUCGUUACAAACUUGUAUCCUCAAGUAGAUUUUAUCUAUGAUUUAUCACGACUACGGAGACUAUUACUCAGUCAUUUUUUUUCGUUUUUAUUUUAUCAGAUAGAGGGCAUCCAGAAGAAAUGCUUACAGCUCUUUUCUAAAGAUUACAAAUUUACGGUUAGUCAAUUGAAUUCGUCAUUUGUCAAUUAGUUUCGAGAAAUCGCAUGGGUUUUUGUUUCCUGUGCGUAACUAGGGUGAUGUUCACCAAAGUUUCAUGUGUUUGCAUAUUGCUAAAACGUGUUUCUUUUUUUUUUUACAUUUAGACAAUCACCAACAGCAAUGGAGACUUGUGCAACCAUUACCCGCUCAAACUGGUUAUUUUAGAGUCAAAGCUUCAUUGCGGAGAAUCGGACAAGAACGAAAGGUAACUUUCUAUCUGUACUUGAGAGAAUCUGAUAUUUGUUAUAUAGUUAAAUUACUAGGUUGUUCAGUAAAUUUUGUGUCCACUGACUUCACCGUCGCCCUGAAAAUUUUAAAUCUUUGGAGAAUUUCCUUCCGAGCUCGAGUGUCAAAGGGAAAUAUCGGGUAAGACUUCCGCACAGCCUCAUGGUAAAAAAAAGCUGUGGUCCCUAAGGCAAUCUAUUGUUUUUUUACCAUUGUUUUUUUUUGGUAUGCAUGAUGAAGUAUGAGGCUAAUAAUGGAAAUCUCAUCAAAAAUUUAAAUAUAUUGCCCCAUCAAUUUAGUGUCAGUUACUGUUCAGUGAUUGGUGUGAUUAUUAUUAAGCAAAUAGCUAUUUGUAACCACAAUAAAUGUUGCAAUUUUUUUUGUAACACUCAGUGACUCAUUUAGAGAUAGGAAACCUUCUUUGGGCAUUUUUUCGUGUGACAACACAGCAACUGACAUGUCAAAGCACAUUUCCAGUUUUAAGACAAAAAUUGGAUCGCAUUUGUUAAGAAUGCCACUCAUAGGUCACCUCAGUAAUGCUCAGACAGUUUUAAUUUUACAUGAUCUUUACUUGCUGGAUUCAUUUUGAAUUUAAAUAGUAUGUUUUGAAUAUAUCCCACAAAAUUUUUAAGUUGACCCUUUAACUCUCAGAAGUGAUCAACAUGAAACUUCUCCCUAUAAUAUCCUUACAUCAUCCAGCAAACAGGUAAUGAGAAUAUUCAAACUUAUCAGGUAGAAGUUGUUAUCUUGAUCUUUCAAUGAAUUCUCAUAACUAAUUUACAAGAAUAUGUCUAGCAGCAACAGGAGAGAAUAUAUAAUCGAACUUGAGAGUUAAAGGGUUAACUUUGUCAGUAAGAAAGAGUAUCCUACUAUGCAAAACUAAAAUAAGAGACAGACCUCCAGUUUGGACCUGAAGUGAAGCAUGUAAAGGGGAAAGUGUGCCUAAAAGCUUAUUUAAGGAAAUUCAUAUUUUUUAAAGAGAAGUGGAAUUUAACAUAAUUGCAAACUGGAUUCAUGAUAAUGUGACAACCUUUUGAUAAAUGGUAGUGGUAAACUCAUGCUAUUUAAUACAAUCAAAUUAAUGUUAAGAUAAGAGAAGAUUAAGUAUGGUUGGGACAAAUGGUUUUGGUUUGCAAUUAUUUUUCACUCCUCAGUCAAAAAGCAAAUGAUGCGAGGGAACUUCGAGAUCUGUUUGUGAAGGCUAGAUUUGCCAGAUGUAGAUCAAGAUUUGUUGUUCCAGUUAUUCUCUUUGAGGGAAAGGUAAAGUUUGUCAAACAAAACAAAUCUUUUGAACAGUUUUCCUUAUUAUGUAUGGUUAUCGUGACAAAUCAGAAUUUCCUUUCUGCAUGAGUGUUUUUUGUUUUAGUUUUAGUUUUGUCAUUUUACUUAGGGAUUAGAUUUCCUUGUUAUAAACAAUAAUCUUAUUUUAUAACAGACAAGACCUUUUGUUUGUCCUAGAGAAGUUAAAUCUGAUUCAGAAACUAGAACUCUAUUCUGUAACUUAAUAAAAAUACAUGCAUAAUGAGCAAACAAGAAUCCGAGAGAUAGACUUCCAGUGAAGGCUUGUCUGAAAAAGUUUGAUUAUUAAUUCUUGCAAACUGAAACUAAAGGUUUUAAAUUUUGCUUUCUAGAAUAUUUGCAGAUCAGCUACAUUAUCAGGAGGACCUGAAAUUUAUGGUCGAUCUGGAUAUGAUUUCCUUUUUGCUGGUAAGAAUGUAUUUGGAAAUAAAUAUUGUGACUGAGACCUUGUAAUGUCUUUCCCAUAAAUGGAAACUCUAACUUGUAGAGAUCUCCGAUUCUUUGGGAUGAAAUCAAGAAUGUUUCUAUUUUCCUGACUUGUCUUGGAUUUCUGAGAUUAUCAGCAAUCAUUCAUGAGAUAUAAUGGAAACUUCAAUUUUCAUCAGUGAUAAGUUUAGGUUGAUACCAGUUCUCUAGUUGCUUUGCUCUAAUACCAAUAUUACGAUAAAAAGUGACAUGUGAAAGAAUCUGAGACAGUCAUCUUGUGUAUUGAAAAAUCUAGGAUGGUUAGGAAGCAGUGAAACUGCUGAAAGGCCCCUUCUGAGUUGUGUUCUCAUUUAUUAAUAAAUGGUAUAUAAAAUAAUUGUAGAGAAAGAUGUUUUUCAUCUUGUCACAAGCAUGGGAUGAAGAAAAAAUUCCUCAUGAGGAACUCCUAAAAAAAUUCCCCAUGAAUAACUCCUAAAAAAUUCCUCAUGAGAAACUCCUUCAAAAUUCUCCAUGAAGAACUUCUUGUGGGGACUCAGAAUUUUUUCUUUCCCUCACGCUUGUAACAAGAUGAAGAACAUCUUUCUCUCUUCCUCUACUGAGCUUAGACCUCAUUAUCUUUCUUAUUUGAAAUAAUUGUAGGAGGUGAAAGUAUCCCUGAUAAUCCACUAGAAGAAGUUAAUGGAGUGAAUGGAACUGGGUCUCUUUAUUCAAGGUGAACAAUAUUGAUAUUUAUUAAGGAUUAUAUUAAUUAUAGGCAAAGCAUUUCUUUUCUGCCUUUCUUUAAAUCUGUUUACUUAAUUAAAUGAUGCUGUGGACAUUGCUGGACCUAGCAGUAUGCAAAGCUUUUCAUGUAAGAACCUGAUAAUGGCUGAGCUCUUUGUUGAGAUCUUUGUAACUCAGUGGCCCAAAAUUGAAUGUCUUGUGUUCCAUUCCUUUAGUUCUCAUGAGGAGUCAAAACACACCUUUCUUUAUGCCAUUUUCAGUUGUCAAAACCUGUGGCAAAAAAUAGCUCAAAAUAAAUGAUUUUUCAAAGCAGCCACUUUUCUUACAAGAAUUCUUAGUGUGCGGUAUAGAUACUUAAUAUGCAAAAAUUCAUUUGAUUUUUUUAAAUUUUAAUGGAAAGUAAUUACAUGUUGGAACCAGUUGAUAAUGUUGAGAGGGUCUAACUCAAAGAAAAUUUGCCCUCUUUUAAUUUGUUCACUAGUGCCAGUGGUGAAUAUGACUUAUUUGACCGUAUCAGAGGUCAGGAUAUUCGCUUGCUCAAAACUCUUAAAGUAAAAUACAUCUGUGACUUGAUGGUGGAAAAGAAGAAAGUCAAGUUUGGAAUGAGGUGAGAAUUUCUUGUUACAAUUUCAGUUCAUUGUGAAGAUCACUAGUAAGUUAUGUAUUAAUCAUUAAACAAAUAUUUGAUAAAUAUGUGUUGAAUAUUUUUAGGGUGUCAUCUUCAGAGAAGGUGGACAAAAUCCAGCGAUACUCAGACUUCUGUUUGUGUUCUGUUCCUUAUCCAGGUAAAUGCUAUAAAGACAUCGUUUGAUUCUAUUGUAACUCUUUUCCAAAUACAAGUGAAAUUUGUAACAUUUGAAGAAAGGUUUAAUUCAAACUAAAACUUAGAAAAACAACACAAAUUUUUUUUCAUUAUUUUGGUAGUGAGUUAGGUUAGCUCUAAUGAGAAUUCAUGAGAUGUUAUUUGUACUGCAAUAUGUUAAUUUUUUCUCUUUCCAUAGGCUGUGAAUUUUUUCGAGACUUCAAGGAGAAUGAAUACAAUGCAGAUGGUUUACAUUUCAAUUGGCAACAGGUAAUAUAUCAAGGACUUUUGUGCGUUUUCUUACUUGUUAUUUGAAAAUAAGUAAUAUUUGAGAGUUGUUUGUUAGCUUCCUGUAAGUUUUAUUGUUGAUGUUGUUUCUUUAAGAAUCUUUAGCUUAAUAGUCUUCUCACCUUUUGUAGGAUUAUGUUGACACAAAAUUAAGUGUUCCUGAUUUGCUACUGCAUCGUCAGGGAAUUGAAUGGCACAACUAUCAGGUUAGAUAUUAAAAAUGUUGAUUAAAAAAUAGAGUGAUUACUUAAAAUCAAGAAUGGAUUAGACAUUUUUUUUUUAUAAUAUUAGCAGGCUGACUCAUCAUAAAACAAGGCCAUUGAUUUCUUAACUGUUGUAUUGUGUUGGCUGGUAAAGAAUCAAUUACUUGGUUAUCAAGGGGAGGUAGUAAACCCUUUAGCUCCCAUGAGUGACUAAGACAGAAUUUCUCCUUACAAUAUUAAUACAAUAUCAACCCGAUAAGUGAUGAGAAUAAAGAAAAAUGUCAAUUUGGGGAUAAUUAGUGGACCCAAUACUAAAUUAUCUCAACUAGCAUUAUGAGAAUUGUAUGGUUGGCAGUGACGAGAAUUACAAAUGUGAUCUGAGAGUUAAAGGGUUAAAGGAAGGUAAACUGUCAUAGCAAGUGUAGGAAAAAGCUCCAACAGAAGGCUAGUACUCAGAACCUUAGCUUCUCAAAAUAUGCUAUAAAUGGCAGUUUACCAACCUUAUCAACAUAAACAAUGAAAUAACUCAACACAAUGUUUCCACUGUUCGCGACAUUCAUAUACAGACCUUUUAUGCUACAGUAUACUGUUUGUCAUCUAGAAGAAUUAACAUUCUUCUUGUGAUUAUCAGCUGAUACAUUAUUUGAUAUUUUGCUGUGAUAACAUGUUGGCCAAGCCUUAAUUUGGUUCUUAUUCUUUUUCACAGUUAUGGGAUCUUGUAACACUGACUCAAAACUAUCUAAAUCUUCUGAUAAACUGUGUUAAAGAUGGUAAGCUCACCACACCAGCUUUUCUAAAGGACACAUUUAAUUUUACAAGUGCAAUCUGAUUAACUGUGCAUCGUGUCUUAUGUUUUACUUAGGUGAAGGAGGAUUGUUGAUACACUGUAUUUCAGGAUGGGACAGAACUCCGUUAUUUAUUUCACUCCUUAGGAUGUCUUUAUGGGCGGUGAGAUUAUCAUCUUGGUUGAAUGGCUUAGUAACCCACACUAUAUGUUUGGAGAAUAUUUGAAUAGAGAAAGGUGUUUUUCGUCUUGUCACGAGCGUGGGACAAAGAAAAAAAUUAUGAGUCCCUAUGAGUUCUUUUUCAAAGUUCAUAUGACUAGCGUCUGAGGAUCGAUUCCUCAUGGGAACUCAGAAUUUUUUCCUUGUCCCACGCUCGUGACAAGAUGCAAAAACAUCUUUCUCUAUUUCUUUACCGAACUCAACACUUACCAUCUCUCUUAUUAUAUUCACAAACAUGGAGCUAUCGACAUUGCUGAUCCUAGCAGUAUACAGGACGCUUGUCAUAUGAACUUUGUAGUAGACUUCAUAGGGACCGUAGAGUCUCUUACUGUAGAGUCUCCGUGGCUCAGUAGUAGAGCAACGGAGUGUGGAAUCUGAAGGUCUGAGAUUCGGUCCUCAUGGAAACUCAGAAUUUUUCCAUCGUCCCACGCUCGUGACAAGACGCAAAAAUAUCUUUCUCUAUUUCUUUACCGAGCUCAAAACUUGCCAUCUCUCUUAUUCCAAUAUUUGAGAAGUUGGUAUUAAAACGAGAAGAGUUUGUAUAUCACGAGGCAAGAGCAAGUGAUUGACCCACAUGUCGAGGGUUCAAUUAUCUUUUGAAAUGGGUUAUUAGGCCAGUAAGCGGACAUAAUUGUGUUCUGUUGCUAUUCAAUGAUAACAUUUGAGCUUACGAUUUCUACAGUGACAACUUUUUUUAUUUGAUGACAGAACUUCAAAUUUACAAUCUCCUUUAUUCAACAGUUUUCAUACUCUAACUGCUCUCAUUGUUUAUGCAUAUAGGAUGGAAGAAUUCAUCAGUCGCUGAGUCCUGCAGAGAUACUUUUUCUUACAAUAGCUUAUGACUGGUUCUUAUUUGGGUAAGAGUUACUUAACCCUUUAACUUCUGGAUCAAAUUUGUAAUUCUCCUUACGGUCAACAAUACAAUUUAUACAAUGUUAGUUCAGAGAAUUUAGUAGAAGAUCAACUAAUUAUCCCCAAAUUGAUAGUUUUCUUUAUUCUCAUCACCUAUCUGGUUGAUAUUGUAUUGGUAUUGUGAGGAGAAAUUCUGUCUUGGUCACUCGUGGGAGUUUAAGGAAGAAAUAACGGAAGAGAAGUUGCGGGGUUGUCUUAACUAACACCCCCAUCUCAUACUAAAGCAAGUUUAUCAGAUCUUCUGAAGAUAAUACGCGUCUUGAAAUCAUGGGUUAGAUAACGUAAGAAGAUUUUUCUUCGUGUGAUUCUUCUUUGGUAGAAAUUUAUAGUUACUACUCUUUUGUCUCUUACUGAAGGCAUGGUCUCCCUGAAAGACUUCAGCGUGGAGAAGAGGUUAGAAUCUCAGUUUUUAACCCUUUACACCCUAACAUCAGUAUGCAUAUUCUCCAUACUGUUCUCUUUACAUUUUUUAAGGUGCUGACAAGGAGAAUUUGUAUGAAAAUCAAGAGCUUCUUUAUUUAGUGAUCAUUUCCCGUAUUCUCGUGAACUUAAUGUGCGAUUCAGGGGUGAUAUUGUAAGGAGAAAUUAGAUUGUGGUCACUCUUAAGGGUCAAAGGGUUAACUGAAACUUAAGCAUACACCGAGGACCCUCUCAAAUUUGCCUCGCUUCCAGCCCAGCGUGUGGCUUUGUGGCUCAGCUGGAAGCACCACUCCACUAGUAUCUGAAAGGUGAUUUAGUAUUAUCAACUGAGUUCAUAAGGUGAAUUGGCCGCCGUUAAGAGCGAUUGACGAAGGACUAACGCUCGAAACAUCAGCUUUUAAACUCUUUGCAGUGGCCAAUUUACGUUAUCAACUCAGUUGAUAACACUAAAUAACCCUGUUAUACUCUCCUACCGACGCAGCACCACAGUUUCUUUAAAAACUUACCCCCUUUAUUCAUAGUAUCUGAAAGCAGGAGUUCGCAUUCGAUCGAUGCCUGAAUUUUUUCAGGCUUCAUUUCUGCAAUUGCCAAGAUCUCAUCUCACUCACGAGUAUCAUUGCUUAACUUGGUAAUAGUAAACAAUGAUUCCUAUUUUCGGCUGUCGGUAACCUGUCGGUCAACUGUCGGCCGACAGGUUACCGACACAUUACCGACUGUCGGCCGACAAUAUCUUUCGGGUACUGUUCUUCAUUUUUACCUUUAACUUGAUUAGGAACAAUAUAUCACCCGGCAGGAAAUGUCCCUGAUUACGGAAAUCAUGUCUCUUUUGACUGCUUACUUAUUGAUGUUUUUCUUUUAGGUUUUCUUCUUUUGUUUCAAUUUCUUGAAAAACAUAGCGUCAGAUGACUUUUCUGUAAAUUCGUCUUUAACCCGGAGGUACAUGUGCGUUUGUUUGUUUGUUUCUUUUUGAUGAGACAUCAUAAGAUUAAAACGACAAAGUAUACUUACUAGCAGUCGUUCAGAUUCAUUCAGCUCAAAAAAACUUCCAAGGCACAAUGUGUCUACGAACAAAGUGUUACACCAUGUGUUAAGCGACUUAGGCAGUGUUGGAUGUUGGUAAUUUACUUAUUUCUUCUCUGGAGCAUUAUUUUGCGUGCAAAUUCUUCGCAAAAUGAAGCGCAAAUUUGGAAACUUCGGUAGGCAUGAAUCCUCCUAAAACAGAGUCGAGUACCCCUUCCUUCCACCUUUUAUCCAAUACAUUUUCGGACGAAGACAAAGACCUCUUGCUAAUCUAAUCUAAUGGUCUAACAAAGUUGUAUGCUUUAUUAUCAGAGCUGGUGAUAAGCGAAGUGACUCUAUAGGUCAGUUUGAUGUUGGUGCAGUGUUAUUAGGUAGGUUUAGCGUCCUUGAUUAUCACUGCUUCGAAAGUGUUUUAUAAAGUGCUUUUUAAUUUGCACCUGCUUUUCAGAAAGAAACGGAAAGUGAUGGCGUGUUGAUGUGGUCAUGGAUAGAGUCUUGUCUCUUGCAAGUAAAUUGAGCUUGGGAAGUUACAGUGGCGAGACACAACAGCUUUAUAGUGUAACAUGUGACAUCCCAUUUCUUCUGAAUCGACAUUUUCACCAUCAAUUUUCCGUUGACAGAUGAUACUCAGUUUAUCGAUUUUCACGCGGGAGUUACUGAAGUCUGAAUAUUUCCAAUGGCAUGAUAUAACAGAUAUAAUGUGUGACGCUGAGCAUCUUCUUUUUUCCUACACAGAUGAUCGACUGUCACGCGGGAGUAACUCAAGUUUGAGUAGCUGUAGUAGCAUGACGUCAGAACAAAGAACAAGUUUUUUCAUAGGUCAGGAGAUAGCAGAAGACUCAGAAUUAGCUUCUUCCUCAUUUACUAUGUAAGUUGAUUAGUUCUCGAUGAUAUUCGUUCCUUUGGUUCCAAUUUGUUGUGUAAUGAGAGUAUUAUACUGCUUCAAAUGCUGAUUUGAUAAUAGGAAUCUGUUCUUUUUCCUCCUCAGUUGUAACGGCGCACGCGCAGCGUAUCACUCUCCACCUCGUUCUCACGCAGAUCAUGAAUUUCGUCACCAGUCCACCAGUCCUCUUCCGGUUCCACGUCGGUCAAGAAAGAACUCAACUCCAUCUGAUCAAGUAUGCACAGGCGCUCUGAUUAUUGAACAAUUUGCGAAAUUUUUGUUUUAAGUUUUCUUUUUAGGAUCUUACUGCUUAUUCUAUAUUCCUACCCCUACAUACCCUUGCCAGAUUCAAGUGAGAAUUUUUAUGUUGUAUUACGACGACAUCCUGUCUAGAGGAAGUUUUCACUUGCUGGACUUGACCACAGUAUUACAGUUUAAUCUAUUAUUCAAUUGUCCUUUUUUUCCGUGUCUUCUUUUUCAGAAACCGUCCUCUACAUGUGGAAGGUAAUUUAAACUCAUUUAACUUUCUAUCUUUCUUUCGAGUUUUAAAACUGGAGUAAAUUUCCUCACCCACCCCAAAUAAAUUAUUACUUUUCUUUUUCAAGCUGGCAGUUGAUAUCAGGAACAGGGAGUCCGAACGGAACUACCACUGUACGAGAUUCUCCAAUAUCCGCACUAGGACAUGGCAGCAGCUCAACAAGCUUGUGAGUUUUGUUUGCGUGUUUGUAGCCGCCCGAGCAACGGUUUUUUAGUUACAAGGUCAUAUUGUAUUUGUCAAACCACUGUCAAUAAGCCAGUGAACCAAUCAGAACACAAAGAAAUCAUGCAGCUGGUGCUAAGGGUGGGAAGAUGUGCAAACAGUCGUAAUGGCGGAAAGUGCAAAGCCGGUAUAAACGAUUGCGGGAAAAAUGGUGUAACUUGGGACAAGAGCGGGAAAGCGUUUAGCAGUUUUUGGGCUCAGGCGGAAUAAUUUAAGCAGUGCAAUGGCAACCGCUGCCAUGGUGAUAAAAAACGCGGGAAAACACACUUAAUCCUAAGCGUGGUUGGGUUUGAGUUUUUUUUUUCUGAUUGGUCAAAAAUACUCACAGAAUCUAUGCUGUGAUUGUUUGGAGUAAGGUCACGUGUUAAAUGAAUUCUAUGUGACUGAGAAAUGUUUGUCAUGCCAAACAGCCAGUCAGGGUGCUAUGUAGCUCCUCUUUGCUAGUAUUUCGUACACAAUGCGUGACCCUUCCUCAUUUUGUGUCUAUUUACAGAGCUGAAAGCGUGGACGAGUGCUCUGAACGACAGGUGCGCUUAGGAGCCAUCCGUAGCUUGUUUCAUCAACUUUAUUUCAAGGCUGUCGGCUACACGACGAAGUACGAAGCUGGCAAUUCCUUCUCGAGUAUUCUUGAUCAAGUAACCGAGAAAUUACGGGAAGGAUGGGGUACUGUCGUUUAGCGUAGUCAAUUCGAAUUCAAUUCACGAUUCUUAAAAAAGAAAAUGAAAAUUGUUUGAACACCCUUUAACAAAAAAUUGCACCUGUUGUAGUACUCAAACCGAGUUUGCGCACUUCAUGGUCCUCUGUCACUGUCCUAUGCGCCCCUAUCUCUAAAUGCCCUAAAUACCAAUUCGAUGCAGAAACAAUGGACAAGAUGAGCCACCUAGUGGAUUAUCCAUUGUUAAAUUGCUAUUUAUUCAUUCCCAUUGAUUGCCAAGUCCUUUCGUUGUGAUGAUUAUCUUCAGAAUGAUAUCCCUUUCGUCAAAGAAGAGAAAAUUUGGAAAUUACUUUCAAUCUCGUUUUUAUGGGUCAACUCUCUUCCUCCCUCGAAGGAAGGAAGAGAGAGGACCCUAGGAACGAGGUUAGUUUAUUUUUAGUUCUUCGGUAAUAAUGCAAUGUUCGCGUUGUAUUUUAAAUUACUUCUACGGUAAACCCAGUUUUAAGAGUUGCGUUAGUCAGACAUUUAAGAAAAUUAGCUCUCUUAAGGCGAGAGGAGGUGCUGUGCAAAUCAAGUGUAGUUUUUGUUUGCUGAACUCAAUUUUUUUAAACUAAUUUGAGAGAAAACAUUCGACGACAUUCUUUAAAACGAGUGAAAUCACAGAAAUAAACUGAAUUUUACGUAGCUUAUAAAUGCAGUGAAAACAAAUCAAUACAAAUAUUACAGACCAGAAUAGACCUUCCAAAAUUUCGACAACGAUAAACUCUCUGCAAUUCUUAACUUCAAGUGAAUCAGUGCUUAGUCUCAUAUACCAACUGACCAGCCUCUUCUGGAAGGACUGUGUAAACAAUCUUCAGACAACUAGUACCGAGCGCAAAGCGCAAGGGAUCUUUGGAGGAAUUAACAACUAUAUAUGUUUUUCCUUCUUUCUCUGCCGGCCGAUAAUUUUUUCAGGAGAGAGGUCUGGGCAGGAAUUGUUGCAAGACCACGUAAAUCAUCUAACAUGGAAGGAAAUUAUAAAGACAAAAUUAGUAUCUAAUUGUUGUUGAUAACGAAUAUUUUGUUAUUCAGAAGAAGCAGCAUUACUAGUUUCCCACUGCGAACUAGAAGAGUUGAUCUGUUGAUGAAGAAAUUAAAUCUUUUUGAAAAUAGUAUUACUUGUAAUGCUAAAUUGUUAACAGUCCUCCUAUACUAACAAAUUGUGGUGAAAUACAUUGAAAAUUUCCUCUUCUCUGAUAAUAUUCGCAUCCUAAUAUAUUCAUAGGUAAUAAUACUUGUUUGAAAGGUGAAAUUCUUGAUAAUCUCUGAGAGUAUUUUAAAGUCACUUCACACCUAAUAUCAAAUUAAAGAGUGUUCUCAAUAUUUGUUUCAGAAUGUGUCAAAUAUCGUUUGGUUGGUUGUUAUUUGAAUAUGUUUUGAAAUUAGGGAUUUUAAUUUCAAUAUCUCAUUAGUAAUUCUCUUUACGGUCUACCACACAAUUAUUUUGAAGUUUCAGACUUCCGCCUCAUGACACCGGUAGAGAAAGUACCCUCUGGAAUAGGCAAUUUAGCGUUAACAACUGAGUUGAAAACGUAAAUUGACCACCGUAAAGAGUUUAAAGGCUGACGUUUCGAGCGUUAGCCCCUCGUCAGUGCGAUGGACAAAGGGCUAACGCUCGAAACGCCAGCCUUUAAUCUCUUUACGGUGAUCAAUUUACGUCUUCAACUCAGUUGUUAACACUAAAUUACUUGUUACACUCUCCUACCGACGCAGCACCACAUUUUCUUUAGAAACUUACCCCCUUUAUUCAUUUAUCGUAAGCUUGAACAAAUGGCAACGCUUAAUUUGCUUGAGAGCAAGCAAUUAGGUGUGAAAUAAGCUAAAGUAGUAAAGACAAGAAAGUGAAGCACCUGCCCGUCAUCUUGAAUAAGUUUGUAACAUUGCGCGGAGUCGAUCGGCACUAAUAGUGUGACGUCACAUUCUAGCAAAGUUCCGGUUUCGUCCGUCCAUACGUACGCGCGAAUACAGCGUUGUCAAAAUGUUCCACUCUUGAGAGCUUUUUGAAAAGUUCCGUUUUCAGUGAUCGUUUUCAUCGGAUGCGUGUGGACAGAAACCGUAUCCGCGAAGAAAAAGUUGCGUUUUCAAAUGAAAACGGAUACGUGUUAGCCUACGUGAAUUAGUACCCUCUCCCCCCUCCCCCCCUGAAGGUGAAACGGUGGCGAGGGAACAUCGAGUGGUGACUACACAGAAAGCACGCAUUCGUCACGUAAACAGAAAACUAGAUGUUAUGUCAAAAGGAUUGAACUCUGAGAAUAAUGUUUGUAUCUUGUCUACGCAUGGGUGUCGUGGUUAAAGUUGUUGUUCCAACCUGACUUUGAGGAGAAGACUGCGUAAGGAACGUGGAUAGGCAAGAAGUCCUUUCAUCAACCACACCUUCACAUGAACGUCUACGUAAUCAACUUUGCUAUGGCCUCUCUGAAGCGCAAAACCUUUCACCCAGCCUUUAAUCAAGAAAAACAGAGACAAAUAUCAAUAAUAAAGUGGCAAUAAUUCUGCCAAACGGCGCGUGGCGAGUGUAAUUGAAAUAACAUAUCUGACAUCUGGAACGAGGUUAGCCGAGGACAGCAAGUAAAUCUGAACUGCGUUGUAUCAUUUUUUAUGAAUCUGAAUUACUAAUCACGGCCGGGCGGGCGUUUACCAAACUUUUUCGCCCGCGGCUGGGAGAGGGUAGGGGAAUUUGUGGAGCUGGAGGUCGGGGGACCGGGAUUUAAAUUGACUCAUGUGACAAGCAUGUGACGGAAGGGCGCUCGACUUGAGAGUCAGUCGUGCUCUUGCUUAUUAAUUCCUGAUGUGUAUUAUUUACUGCAGUUUGAGAUAGUACCCUCAGAGUUCUUCGCCCUAAUUAAAGCAUUGCUGAUUUUUGCUCAAGGUUUUCAGAAUAUUUUGAAAAGGUAAGCUUGAUUUACUUGUGAUCAUUGACAUGACGUUACAUGCUGGCAAUUUGCUCAAAGCGGAAAAAACCAAAACAACAUUCCAGAACUCUAAGACCGAAGCAAGAUUCUCAAAUGAAAAAGCUGGUCAUUGUUUCAAGAUGUAACAGUGUAAGAUCACAGACCCGCUAACAGGUGAGAUUUUCACCGCGAUGUCUUUUUGUGGUGAAGUUCUUCAGAACAAAGUGAUUGCGAUGGGAAAACGCUGAAGUGGCAAUUUCAGUUCAUUACCUACUCAGUUAAUUGAUACAAGAGAAAACAAAAGCGUAAAAAUUAGAUUACAAUUUGGAGUGAUAUGCUCCAGUUUGGAAUUUUAUAUUCGGGAAACUUACGAAAACGCUGCGGGGUUUAAGAAUCUUCUGUCAAUUUAUAGCAUCGAAAUAAACUCUUCCGCUCGCUAAUAUUAUCAUCGUUUCAUUUCCGUAUUACCCCCUACUUCACACUUUAAAAAUGCAUGCGAUUUGUUGAGAUAGUAAAACAAUGGCGGAAACAAUAGAUUACCUCUGAGAUUAAGGCUUUCUUUUGUUUUAGCCUUCAGAACAGGUGUAGUUUUUUUGUUUUUUUAGGCGGACGAAAGCAAGCGCGAGGCUAGCACGAAUACGUGUCACGCACGAGGAGAGGAGCGCAAUAACAAAACUUUUUUUUUUUGGCAGGGGGUGGGGCGGGGGUUUGAGGAUUUUUUUUUUUUCUCAGCGCGGGUUUGUCCCGCGCUUACCACUGCGAAAAAAAAAGAGAAAAAAAAGCGCCUGUUUUGCAGGUUGUCUGUGCUAAGACAAUCAAUAUGACAACCCACGAAUGUGAAUUUUUCUCCUAAAAGUACUGCAGAAGUGUUUUAAAUACUUGGAAAGAAAUGGAAGAAUGAGAAUUUAUCAGUUGACAUGACUGAUCCUCAAUCACUUUGUAUUUCUCUGGCUGAUAAUAAUGAAAGAUUUUAGUAGUGGAAAAUUGAAAAAGCACUGUCACAAGUGCUGUUUGACACAAGUCCAUAAAACUUGUGUCAAAUGCCAAAGGUUUCUAAAUGACCCUGACUGUUGUGCACAACCUACAAUAAGUUUUCUCCACUUGCACAAUCUUCCAGAAAACAUUUUGUUUGAACUUUUUUUUGGAAUAGGUAUCCUAUUUCACCAAUGAAAUUUUGAAUAUGGCCACUGCAUGGCAAUACACUGCAGAGCAACUGAACUACUACAGGAUAUCUUAUGUUGUCACAGACAUACUUACCAAGGGUUUGCGAACAAUCUUCAAACAGGAAUGGGACAAACGCUACAAGACAACUUUAGGAGAAUGGAAAGAUCAACCUAAAAAUGGAAUGGACUUUUGGAAUAGGGAGUCCUCUCGAAACAGAAGUAAAAAUGCCUAUCUGUUGACAACCAUGAAGAAUGGCAAUAGAGCUGAAUGGGAUUGUUCCAUGCUAUUUUAUGCUAUCCUGUAUUCAGAUUGCAUUCAAAGUCUCAAUCCAACUGUGCAAAAAAAUGUGGAUGACCUCAGGAAAUUUCGAAAUGAAGAAUUUGCACAUGUACCACAAGGCCAUCUUUCUAGUGUAAAAUUUAAGAAUGAUAUUCUCUUAGUCCACAAUGCAUUUCACAAUCUUGGUCUUGCCACUGCAAGAAUCAAAGAAAUACAAAAUCAAAGAAGUUUUCCAACAGAGGAGUUAGGAGAGGUCUUACGGAAGGUGGAUGACCUUAAACAAGAAGUUUAUGAGAAGGAAAACAAACUUCAAGAAAAGGUAAUGGAACUUCAAGAAAAGGAAGGACAACGACAGGUUUUGGAGGAACAGCUAUACACUGAGGUCUCUCCAUUCUGCAUUCUUCCUUCCCCACCUUCUCAUGAUGUUGCACCUUGCACUCGUCAGGUUGCUGAAAUAAGACGACAACUCAAAGCACUCAAAGGGGCUAAUGAAAACUAUUUAAGCAUCCUGUAUAUAUCUGGAAAUCCAGGAAGUGGGAAAUCUCAGUUGUCUCGUUUGGUAGCCAAGCGCUUCUUUGAUGAAGACUCAAAUUCUACCUCUUCAUUUGUAAUGACACUAAAUGCCGAAAACACAGGAGCUCUUUUGGAAUCAUAUGUCUCUUUUGCACGGUAUUGUAAAUGUCCUGAGUAUGCUAUUACAAACACUCUCAAAUCCAGAGAGAUGAACACAGAUGAGAAAAUUACCAAUCUCAAGACCUUAAUAAGCACCAAAAUUGAGCUUUACACUUCCUGGUUGCUGGUAGUUGACAAUGUCACUGAUGCAUCCGGUAUCCAUAGUUAUUUACCAGCUGCUGGGAACAAGCAGUGGGCAAGGGGCCAGAUGAUAAUAACAACACAAGACACCAUGACCAUCCCAUUGACAAGCUCUCGCAUACAACAUAUCUCAGCCAGCAAAGGUAUGGAUCUUGAGGAUGCCAGAUUUCUGUUGAAACACCUUUCUGGUGUCACAGAUAGUGAGAUGGAAGAAGAAGUUGCACAGGUAUUAGACUACCAACCUCUUGCCAUGGCAAGUGCUGCCACAUAUGUUAGAGAAGUUGGACAGCACAAGAUGGCUUCCAAGUUUGGUUGGAUUGACUAUUUGAAGAAAUUGGAUGAAGGAAAACGAAGAAGUACAGAGAACAUAUUGGCAGAAACUAACUCAACUUACCCAAAAUCCAUGACAGCAGCGAUAACACUUGCUGUAGAGAAGGCAAUGACAUCUAACAAGGUUAUUCAUCACACAUUCUCUUUGCUCUCUCUAUGUGCAUCACAACCAAUACUUCAAGACAUUGUCACCUGCUACAUUUUGGAAACAGAUGAAGAGUUUGAUGAUAAAGAAAUGGUUGGUGCAAAACUCCGCCGAUGCCCAUUGUUGUUAUUUACAGAAGAGGAGGGCUGUAUCUACAUUCGCGUUCAUAGAGUUGUCCAGGAAGUCAUCAAUACUGUCAUAAAAUGCUACACAAAGGAUGAACACCUUAAAGUCAUCCAUGGGGCCAUUGCAUCAUUUUCACAUGCAUCCAAGAUUGAGAAGGACUUAGAUCCUAUGUUUCUCUGCAAGAACAUGGUCCCCCAUGUAACAAAUCUGAUUAACGAGACAUGUCCAUUGUUUUCUGAGCAAGGAAUCUCAGAAGUCGCUAAAAGUGGCAUAGUAACUGUUCAAGACUUCACUGAAAACUUUCUAACACUUGGAGAAAUGUGUAUUGAACACUGUGAAUUAAACACAGCAUUGAAGUGUUGUAAUGUGGUCUUAGCCUUUGUCAACUUGGGUGUGGUAGCUUGCAACAAAGCAGAGGCAGCAGCCUACAGUGGCUUGGGUAGAGUGCAUUGUGACUUAGGUAAAUUGGAGCAGGCACAGGAUUACUUUUCACAUGCAUUAGACAUCUAUUUGAAAACUUUCAGGCCAGACCAUGUUUAUGUUGCCUCUUCUUACAAUAAUCUUGGUAUGGUGUGCAAUAAGCUUGGUGACCUUCAGCAGGCAAAAGACUACUACCAACAUGCAAUGGACAUUCAAAUGAAAACCCUGGGCCCUGAUCAUGAUGACAUUGCAACUUCUUACCACAACCUAGGUAUUCUGCAUCGUGACCUUGGCGAUCUGAAGCAGGCAAAAGUCUUUUUGAAGCAUUCAUGGUUGUUACGUAUCAAAAUGCUUGGAGAUGAGCAUGUAGAGGUUGCAUCUACUUACAAUGAACUGGGUCUUGUGUACAGGGAUCUGGGUAAACUAAAGAAGGCAAGGUGCUAUUAUGAAAAUGCACUCAAUAUAUACUUGAAAAAGCUUAGGCCGGACCAUGUCGAUGUGGCAUCCACUUACAAUAACCUAGGUGAUGUGGAGGGUGCAAUGGGGAACUUUGAGCUAGCAAAUGACUACUACGCCCAUGCAAAGGACAUAUGUUUGAAGAAGUUCGGACCCGAGCAUGAUUAUGUCAAAAUGAUUCAGAAAAACUUAGCUGAGUUACAACAUAGAAUGGAGAGAACUCAAUGCUGCCUGCCUUGUCUUUGA